AUGGGAUGCUCAGGGAAGGUCGCGGUCGACAACAGGAUGACGACCGGCAACAUUGGCAGGGAUACGGCCGAGGACGCCAGCGUGAUGACGAUCGACAGCAGUGGCGCGCGCACGAUUGGCGCCACCAGCAGGAGGGCCGCAAGCAAUGGCAGCAGCAGGAAUAGGGACAGCACGGGCCAUCCCCCAGGGGUGGACCCGACCCAAUGCAAAGCGGAGACAACCAGGAGAUCUUCCGACAACAACGACACGGUACGGCCCCAACAGGUGACGCUCCGCAGCAAGGCCGAGACCAUCCGCAUCAAGAACGGCGACCGCAAUCCAGACAUCAUCAUGCUCAGCUUCUUCGACGGCCUCGGCACAGCCUGCCUGAUCUGCGACGAGCAUUGCACCAGCAACGGCCUCCAAUGGAAAGGAGCAUCUUGGGAUCACUUUCCUGACGUCAUCCACCGCGGCGACUUCGAGCAAGAGACGCCCGAGUCCCUGCACGACCUCAUCCAGGAGCUUGACCCCGGAGGCCAGGCGACCGUGAUCAUAGCAGGAGGCCCCCCAUGUCACGAUUUUUCCCGCAUUCGCGCCGAUGCUCCGGGACACCAAGGACCAGAAGGAUCCAAGUUCAUCCGCUUCGCACAGCUCAUCGUGGACCUCGAGAAGAAGUGGCAUCGACCUCGCUCGAUCAUCAUGGUGGAAAUUAUACCGCAGAACCGGGCCGACAUGCGCAAGAUUGAGAAGGUUCUCGACGCGCCCGCAGUCGUCCACGACGCGGCGGACUUCGGCACGAUAUCCAGACCAAGAGUUUGGUGGUGCAGGAUACCAUGGCAAGAGAUCGCGCACCGAGCCGACUGCCCCCUUCGCCUGAGGUGGACGACCAUGCAGGGUAUUCCGCGAGUUCACUUCGACCUCGUCAAGGACGACCCGCACGCCUUCAAGACCGCAGGACUGUCGCUGCCAAGGUGCUUGGUCGAAGAGGGCAAGCCCCUGCCGUGUCUUACGACACCCUCCGAUGACCCUCAGGGUCGCCCAGCGCCGCGCAGCAGCAAGGGCAAAAUCAGCAGCGAGGCCAACCAACGCUGGCGCUCCGACCGACAACGCUUCGCUCCUUGGCAUUACGAGGCGGGGGUGAUGAUGUCGGAUAGCCAGGGAUGGACAAGCAAGCUCUCCGAACACGAACGUCACAAAGCACUGGCCAACGGUUGGCACGCGGGAGCCGCACGCCUCAUUUUCAUCAUGGCCAUGUUCGCCGCCACGCCCGUCGUCGCCGCCAGGGAGCUCAACCCACUUGGAGGUACAGCUUUGGACAUCGCGGCGAACUUGUGGCAAGGACGUCCUCCUCUCCUCGGCCCGGGACCCGGCGAGUACGACGCCUUUGACCUGUCCUAUCUGCAGGACCCCUCAGAACAUUGGAGACUGUCGCGACAGAUGCCGCAUCCCGACCACCGCGACGCUCACAUGGAACCGGGCCUACAGCAAUGGCUCCGAAUAUGGUCCCGCAUGAGGAGUCACCUCGCGGACCUCCGCCUCGCAGUGGUCGACCAGGUCGAGCAGCUCGUACUGGACUUGGAAGACGAGACCACGCGUUGGUACCAGAGCCUGAGCCCGCACGUUCAGAAAGCAUACCGGAGCAAACACGGAGUAUGCACCCUGCAGCUGCCCGCGCUUCGCCACAUCUGCGAGUUGUUCGGCUGGCAGGACAGGGCCAUCUUUGACGAGCUCACCACAGGUUUCCGCCUCCUUGGGCCGCUCGCCCCGGGCUUGGGGUGGAAACGACGGAACGAUGAGCGCUACGCCAACCCGUUGGACCUCCAGGAGUUCUUACACAAGAACAAGCAGUACGUCGUGGACAAACUUCGCCGAUGCCGAGUCGACCCAUGCUGGAGGCAGAUGGCCGACGAGAUCGCAGCGGAUGUGGAGCUCGGCCGAAUGGAGGGUCCUUUCUCCAGCCCGACAUGUUGGCCUAAGACAGCAGUGCCUCUCACUUCGCACUCUCACACUAGCCAGCUACUUCGGGGCCCCGACGAACACAAGCCAACUUGCUUCGCCUUUGCAGUGCACCAGGUCGGCUCCGACGGCCGCCCCAAAGUCCGAAGAGCAGAAGACUGGCGAAGGUCCUUCGCGAACGCCACGGUCGCAGCCGAGGACUCGCCGCCGUACCACGACGUGGCCUCCUACGAACAGCUGAUCAGGGCCAUCAAGGAGAUCGACCCGCAGGCCGAGAUCUUCAUCUGGGGCCUCGAUCACGAAGCCGCGUACAGGCAGCUCCCGGCGCUCGACCCGUCACACACUUACGUGGUCCUCGCUACGCCCGAAGGAUUGACCCUCUGGCGCCACACUGUCCUAAUGUUUGGGUCAGUGGCGAGCGUAUGGUCGUACUGCAGAAUAGCAGACCUCAUGGGGUGGUUAUGCCGGGCAUGCAUAUUCACGCCCGCACUUCAUUUCGUCGACGAUUUCGGCAGCGCUGAGGUCACGGAGCUCGCCCGCUCUUCCUUCGACGCCUCGCGACGACUCUGCAAGGCUUUGGGUUUUUCUUUUAAGCAGUCCAAGGAACAGCCUCCCGCUUCACAGCAGGUCAUUCAGGGCGUCAGCAUCAGCGUCAGCGCCGACUCCGUCACGGUCCAGGGUACAGAAGAACGCCGACAACGUCUCGACGAGACGCUCGCCGACGUGCUCACGCAAGAUCGCCUUCCACCUCAUGAAGCAGCGAGUCUAGCAGGGAAGCUACAGUUCUACUGCCAGUUACUUCGAGGACGAUCGCAUGCAGCAGCGCUCCGACCGUUGUUCCGCAGAUCUCGACUGACAGGUUCCGGGAGACAACACCAAGAUUGGCGACUCGAUGGACAGCUUCGCCAUGGCAUCGGCCUCCUGCGAUGGAGCUUACGACACGCACCACCAAGGACCUUUCCCUUUCAGAAGGAGGCGCACUCCGUGCUGUACGCCGACGCGUUCUUCAACCUCUUCGACAAGGACUGGAAGCCCUCCGACGAAGACAUACCCAACUGGGGACGCACGCCGCCGGAGACACUGAAGAACGGAUGGGGCUUUGUCGUCACAGUGCAGGGCCGGACCUAUUUCGCACACGGACGUGUGCCUUACUGGUUCGUGCGAGCAUUCACAAGCCGUCGCGCUUACAUCUACAUGUUGGAGAUCGUGGCCCAGAUUCUCCCGCUGUUCGCCAUGCAAGAACAACUCGAUCGCCACGUCUUGCUGUUCGUUGACAAUGGACCAGCGCGCCACGCGCUCACGUGCGGCUUCGGCAAGGACGAGUCGAUCAAUUGCUUGCUACAACACGCAUGGCGUUUUCUUGAAGAGAACUCCUUCCGACCAGCGUGGCAGAGAGUGACAUCUUCCGCCAACGUGAGUGACUCGGUCAGCAGAGGAGACCUGCGCCACGCUCGAGCCGAAGGCUGGACAGAGUUGCAGAGGGACUGGGACGGCCUCUUCGAAGAACUACUGACGGGCUCUGAGAGGUUUAGGGCUUCCGGUGUGCUUUAA